CCCGCACGGCCGUACGGGACCGGCUUCGGGGAGGAAUCGUUGGGCGCCGCUGCCCAGCCCCUCGGCCAUGAGGUCGGUGAGCUACGUGCAGCGCGUGGCGCUGGACUUCAGCGGCAGCCUCUUCCCUCACGCCAUCUGCCUCGGAGACGUCGAUAACGACGGGUUGAACGAGCUGGUCGUGGGUGACACGAACGGGAAGCUGUCCGUGUACAAGAACGACGACAGCCGGCCGUGGCUCACCUGCGCCUGCCAGGGCAUGCUGACUUGCGUCGGGGUCGGUGAUGUGUGUAACAAAGGAAAGAACCUGGUGGUGGCAGUGAGCGCCGAAGGCUGGUUCCACUUGUUCGACCUGAAGCCCACCUCCAAGGCCGCGGACGGCUCCGGACACCACGAGGCCCCGGCGGGGGAGGAGCAGCGGCCCGCCUUCAAGCAGCACAUCCCGGCCAACACCAAGGCCGUGCUGAUCAGCGACAUCGACGGAGACGGGCGCCGAGAGCUCGUGGUGGGCUACACGGACCGCGUGGUGCGGGCCUUCCGCUGGGAGGAGCCGGCCGAGGGCGGCGAGCCCCCGGCGGGGCAGCUGGUGUCCCUCAAGAAGUGGACGCUGGAGGGUCAGGUGGACAGCCUGUCGGUGACCGUGGGCCCGCGGGGCGCGCCGGAGCUGAUGGUGUCGCAGCCGGGCUGCGCCUACGCCGUCCUGCUCUGCACGUGGGGCCGGGACGCGGGGGCGCCGCCCGCCCCCCAGGAGCCCGCGGAGGGCGGCAGGUGAGACCCCGCCCCCCGGGACGUGGUGCCCCACCAGACGUCGGGCCGGAUCCACAACAAGAACGUGUCCACCCACCUCAUCGGCGACAUCGGUGACGGCCCCGAGCGCGGGGGCUCCGGCCUCUUCGCCCUGUGCACGCUGGAUGGGACCCUGAAGCUGAUGGCGGAGGCCGACAAGCUGCUGUGGUCCGUGCAGGUGGAUCACCAGCUGUUCGCGCUGGAGAAGCUGGAUGUCACGGGCAACGGGUGCGAGGAGGUGGUGGCGUGCGCGUGGGACGGACAGACGUACAUCAUCGACCACAACCGCGCCGUGGUGCGCUUCCAGGUGACGAGAACUGCGGCCUUCUGUGCAGGCCUGUACGCCUGCAAGGAGGGCGGCAACAGCCCCUGCCUGGUGUACGUCACCUUCAACCACAAGAUCUACGUGUACUGGGCCGUGCGGCUGGAGCGCAUGGAGUCCACCAACCUGCUCAAGCUGCUGGGCGCCCGGCCCGAGUACCGCGGCCUGCUGCGGGAGCUGGGCGUGGAUCCCGACGACCUCCCCGCGGCCCGCGGCCUGCUCCACCGCACGCUCUACCACCCCGCGCGGCCCCCGCCCGGCGCCCCGGAGCCGCCCUAG